CCCAUAUCCGUUCAUUCAUUGGCACGAAUUGUUGAGAUAUUUAUCGCGACAAUGGACGCACGCCGUUGAGAACGCGUCAAUCGCGACUCGCGUCCAAUGAGAGCGUAAUUAGUAGUCAGCCACGUGCCACACGAAUCUCUUGUGCUCCGAUACACAUGGCAUUGGAUCAGAGCGCAGCGAAGAAGGCCCUCCAGGAGCUGGUCAAGACAGAGAAUAAGCUCUGCUGCGACUGCGGCAAUCCCAAUCCGCAAUGGGCUUCCCUCGGCUUUGCUGUAUUUCUCUGCUUACAAUGUGCUGGCACACAUAGAGGGUUCGGAGUUCACAUUAGCUUCGUACGCUCGAUAUCGAUGGACACCUGGCAGGCCGACCAACUGAAAAGGAUGCAGAUCGGUGGGAAUGCUGCGUUCAAGCAGUUUAUGGCUUCGUACACACCUGUGGAACAAGGAGGAUACAAGGAGACCAACUCGCCAUACGAAAUCUAUCACUGUUGGGCCGCAUCUCAAUAUCGGGAAAAGCUCGACGCAGAAAUCGCCGGGAAACCAUGGACGCCAUCCGCCCCACCUCCGCCCUCACUACCCAGCUCGUCGGACUCGGCAGGCAUGCGUAAAUCCCGGGCAUCUGCCCGUUCUGCUACCGGACAAUCACUCCGGGGCGACUCGGCGUCCCCAGCGUCGUUCGGAGGAAAUUCGCCACGCACACCGGAUCUUUCUGCCGGAGCUUUCGAUCAGAAGGCCGCCAACGAGUCUUUCUUUGCGGGACUCGGGCAAGCGAACGCCUCGCGUUCCGCUGACCUUCCGCCAUCUCAAGGCGGGAAAUACCAGGGAUUUGGCAGUACCCCGACUCCGCCCCCGGACUCGUCGCAUCCUUCCUACGGACUGUCGUCGAGAUCUGCACCGACACUGGCCGACUUGCAGGAGAAUCCCACCGCGGCAUUGAGCAAGGGCUGGUCGUUGUUCUCUGCCGCAGUCGCUGGUGCCUCGCGUGUUGUUUCUGAGAAUGUGAUCCAACCGGGAUUGGAGAAAGCGCGGGAUCCGACUCUGCAUGCGAACGUUAUGGGAUACGUCAGCGAGGCUCAGAAACGCGCUGCGGCUGUUGGCGGGGUCGCAAACCAGUGGUCCAAGAACCAGUUCGGUGUCGACGUCGCUCAGAAUAUGGGCGACGCUGUGGGCACUGUCCGGGACAGGUUUGGGGCGUCGCCUGCGGCCAGUGGGUACGGCACGAUUGGAAGUGGGAUGGACCAUGAGGAGACGUCCGGAUUGUACCACGACGAUGACGACCUUUUCUCAGAGUACAAGACUGCGGGGCAUGGUUAUGACCAGCCGACGUCUGUGCCAGCUACCUCUGCCUCCUCGAGUGCUGCCGCUCCAGGAAAGAAGAGCAAUUCAAUCUCAAUAACUUUGGAGAUCAUGAUUAUCCGGAUCUCAUCUUAUCGUCUUUCCCCAUUCAGCAGUCACGUCAAAGUGAUCGGCUCGGAUCUUCCCCGCACUUUCCCCGCCUUGUUCAAGUCGCGAACUUGGCAUCCAGCAGAGCAUAAGGCGUUCGAUAGCUUCAGCGAGAUGCAGCAGUCUCUGUAUCGCAGAAUUCUACGCAGAACCGAGAAGUGCAUCCCACGCAUCGACAAGGUCCAAAGGAGAUCCUACCAUGCCACUGUGCUGCCGUCGCGCGUGUCCACGGCCUCGCCCGAAUUCUUGGCCAAAUCCGAAGCUAUGGACGCGUUGGUGAAGGACCUCGAGAGCAAGAUGGCGAGAGCGCGGCUGGGGGGAGGAUCCAAAACCGCCGAGAAGUUCCGAAGUCGAGGCAAAAAGCUGCCCAGGGAACGGUUAUCGCUGCUGCUCGACCCGCACACGCCUUUCCUGGAGCUUUCGCCUCUGGCGGCGCACGACGUGUAUCCGGGUCAAGAUGUCCCCGGAGCGGGUCUCAUCACAGGUAUCGGACGUGUGCGCGGUCGCGAAUGCAUGAUCAUCGUGAACGACCCUACCGUCAAGGGCGGCGCGUACUAUCCUCUCACUGUCAAGAAGCAGCUGCGUGCACAGGAGAUUGCGCGGGAGCAUCAUCUGCCUUGCAUUUACGUCGUCGAGUCUGGUGGAGCGGCGCUCCCACACCAAGCCAACGUCUUUCCAGACAAGGAGCAUUUUGGGAGGAUCUUCUACAACAUGGCGCAGAUGUCCGCAUCGGGCAUCCCGCAAAUUGCGUCUAUUCACGGAAUCUCCGUCGCUGGUGGUGCCUACGUGCCAGCCAUGGCAGACGAGAAUAUCAUCGUGCGCAACCAGGGCCGGAUCUUCCUCGCGGGACCUCCAUUGGUGAAAGCCGCAACGGGAGAAGAGGUCGACGAAGAGACCCUCGGAGGCGGAAUGAUGCAUUCCAGCGAGAGCGGGGUGACUGACCAUCUGGCAAACGAUGACGAGCAUGCGCUUUCCAUAACCAGAGACGUGAUGGGUGACCUCGGCCGUGCGGCCGGUGUUGCAGGACUUCCAUCAUCUGAACCCGAAGACCCACUGUACUCUGCGUCCGAACUGGGCGGGAUCGUCGGCACCGACGUCCGGCAGGCAUUCGACAUGCGGGAUGUCAUCGCGCGCAUUGUGGACGGCAGCCGGUUCCGGGAAUUCAAGAAAGAGUACGGGACGACCAUGCUGACUGGUUUCGCUCACAUCCACGGCUAUGAGGUGGGCAUCUGCGCCAACAACGGGAUCUUGUUCUCGCCCUCGGCCUUGAAGGCAACGCACUUCAUUGAGUUGUGCUCACAACGGGGGAUCCCGCUGCUGUUCCUCGUGAACGUCACCGGCUACAUGGUCGGGUCCAAGGCUGAGCGAGGAGGGAUCGCCAAAGACGGAGCAAAGAUGGUCCGUGCUGUGGCCUGUGCGGACGUCCCCAAAUUGACUGUCAUCGUCGGCGGCUCGUUCGGCGCCGGGAACUAUGGAAUGGCCGGUCGAGCCUAUUCGCCGCGAUUUUUGUGGAUGUGGCCGAACGCGAAAAUCUCUGUCAUGGGCUCCUCACAGCUGUCGCAGGUCAUGACGAGCGUCUCAAAGUGGGACCUCUUUGAUUAUCUUGGACUCUCUCUGACCCCCAAUCGCAGAGAUCCCUCACAGCACGCGUCUUUGCAAUCCGAGAUCGAACACCAGUCCACGGCCCUGUACUCUACCGCGCGACUGUGGGACGACGGCAUCAUCCGACCUGAAGACACCCGAGAUGCUGUCGGGCUGGCGCUUGGACUGGCUUCUCGCAAGUCCGGAAGGCAGGAGACUGGCGGCAAAGGUUUUGGUGUAUUCAGAAUGUAA